UCUCAUAUCAUAUGCAUACAAACACAAUUACAGAAGCCUCUCUCUCCAGUCUCUCCUCUCUUGAAUUCUCCUUGUCUCUUUUCUUAUUUGGGUUUCGCUCAUUGAAGGCUUUAACACAGACAAGCAGUCAAAGAAGGAAGAUUUUAAUGAAAGUUUAUUAAUACUUGUUACCUUCUCUUUUCAAUCUUCAAUGGUGUUUCAUUCUCUUAUUAAAAAGAAGGAAACGCCACCCGAAUCAUCACUUGACCCAUCUAUGGCUUCUUCAACAACAGUGAAAUCUCAGCCUCUUCACAACUUUUCUUUACCCGACUUAAAAUGGGCCAUGAACCAUGCAAACACUCAUCGUUUUCGCAAACUCUCUGAUUGCUCUUCUCAUAAAUCGCCCCGAAACGACGCCGAUUGUGAGUCCGAGUAUCCCAAGCAGAACCCGAUUCUUGAAAGUGGGAGAAUCGGUGACGGGAUUGACAAGUCCGACAAAAAGAAACCAGCGGCGGCUGUUUUAUCGGAUGAUUUGGUUGAGAAUUCAGAGAAGAAACUGACCGGUUCAUCUGAUGGCAGUAGAUCGAAGAUUUUCAUAAAAAUUCGUACCAAGAACUGUAAAACUUCUGAUGAGGUUGCGGAUACAGGGGAUCACGCCUCUGUUGCUGCCGAAGACGCCGAAGAAUCAGUGCCGAAGACGUGGAACUUAAGACCGAGAAGAGUGAUCACUAAGGUUAAUAAUAAUGCGACUGGUGGUGCAUCAAAGAUCGGAGGAGCUGCGGUGCAGGAUCACAAAGCCCAGCCUCCGACUCGCAACCGAAAUAUUGUAACAACAGAAGCGAAAGUUCCAGAGAAGAAAGAGAGAGAGAAAGAAAAGAAGCAAAAGUUCUCGAUCUCGCUUACAAAGGAAGAGAUUGAAAAUGACAUUCUCAUUCUGACUGGGUCGAAGCCCGCCAGAAGACCUAAGAAGCGAGCGAAGAAUGUGCAGAAACAGCUCGAUUUUGUUUUUCCGGGUUUGUGGUUGGCUUCCAUAACGCCUGAUUCCUACCGGGUUAAUGAUGGUCCGGCCAAGGUUUAGAUGGGACUUUGAUGUUUUAUAGUUUUGGUGGAAAUUGAAGGUGAAUGACUGCAGUUACAAAGUUUUUGAUCUCUGCUGAAGGUAUAGCGAAUUUUGAGCUUGUAAAUGUAAAGAUGGAAGGUUGACAAAUGCAUGUUAUUGUUGUGCGUUUUGUCUGGUAAAUGUGAGAGGAGCUCAGAGUUCGCAGAGGGGUUUUAUCAUAAACUGGGUCAUCAGUAGUUGCAGUUGUACAUAUGAAUCAUCAGUUGAAUGAAAGCUUCUUCGUUUUCUAA